UUCCACCAGAUUCUCCCCUUGGCGGCAGCGGGGGCGGCUAUAUAAUGUAAUGAUGCAGGGAGACCGGUGUCAGUACCUGGGGCGAAAAUGACACGACCAUUUUCUUGUCUGCUGGUGGUGGCUCUGCUGGUGGUCGUGCCUGCUCAGGCCGCCCCUAAGAGUGGCCAGGAGGGUGAUGCGUCAUGUAAGCAAGGCCAAAACUGCAAGCUGCCUGACUGCUUGUGUCCCUCUCUUGAACCUCCAGGCAACUUCGAGUCUCUGGAUGACGUGCCACAGUUUGUCGUCCUGAGUUACGAUGAUGCCGUCACUGUCACCAACAAGGACUUCUACCUGGACUUCCAGAACCUCAAUAACCCCAACUUCUGCCGCAUCACCAUGACCUUCUUCCUCUCUCAUCAGUACACUGACUACACCAUCGUCAACGAACUCCAUCGCCUUGGCCAUGAGAUCGCCCUCCACUCCGUCACUCACAAGAGUGAUGUGUCAAAUUACUGGCGGCCAGGCAAUGAAAGUCUGUGGAUGCAAGAGAUGGAAGACCUGAGGAAGAUGAUUGUCAAGUUUGCAAGAAUUCCUGAGGAGGAUCUGAAGGGAUGGCGAGCACCCUUCCUGGAGCUGGGAGGUGAUGAGAUGUUCAGUGCCUUGCAGCAGCUUGGCCUGAAGUAUGACUGCUCCUGGACUACACUUAAGUACACCAACUGGUUUGAGAAACCCAAUCAGGGAUUGUGGCCCUACACGCUGGACUACAACAGCCCUCAGGACUGUCCUCUGGGCCGAUGUCCUAAAGACACCUACCCUGGCGUGUGGGUGAUGCCAAUGCUGGACCUGAAUGACAACAAGAACCAGCCAUGUGCCAUGCUGGACACCUGCCAAAGUGAGGAUGGUGAACUUCUCAACGAUAAAGAUGCCGUGGAGGCUUUCCUGAGGAGGAACUUCCUUGUCAACUACUACACCAACAAGGCACCUUUUGGCUUGUAUGCACACCACUCCUGGUUUUAUGAAGGCACCCUCAACAAGACAGAGGCCAGGAAGGAGGGUUACACAAACUUCCUGUUGUGGCUGAGUUCACUGGAGGAUGUGUAUGUGGUGUCCCUGGAUCGACUGCUGGCCUGGAUGAAGAACCCCAAGCCAGUGGACGAGAUUGCCAGCAUCCCUGAGUUCAGAUGUCCAAUAUUUGACCCAGAGACCACAUGUCCGUCACACAACAAGUACCACUUUGGCCCGGAGAACAACAUUCCACCAUCGAUGUCUUCCAUGUACAUGACAGCCUGCACCAAGCCCCAGCCACCCUAUUACCCCUGGCUGUACAACCCCUAUGGCCUGGAAGACAUUCCCAUCCAAAAUUAGUGCACAUACAUACUGCUUUGAAGGGAGAGUGACAGUGGCAGCAAGAACAUCCAGCCUAGCCACUCCAGCUGUCACAUACCCAUAGUUCUUACUACUUGCCAUGAAGACCUCUACCCUCAUCCAGUCAGUCCUGUGGUGUCCAGGCUGCUGCAGGAUGGUUGUUGGUCAAGAAACACUCAUCUCUCCUUCUCAUAACCAACCCUGGACAUAUAGUUUACUUAGUCCUCCUCUGUGCUCCCUGGCAAGUUGCUGAGUGAGGCACAUGUCAGGUGAGUUAAGGGGACAUUAUGUUCCUAUGUGUAGUGAUGAUGUUCCCCAAUGUAACCCUGCAUGACUUACCUUGGAUUUGUGUGCCUCUAGAAAAUAAAGAGUUUGUUUCUA